AUAGGUGCUCGCUAAUAGCACUUGACCCGUUAAUCUGUUAAUGGCUAUAUGGAGGAUCUUUGUCUUUGUUUGUAUUCAACAUUCUUGUGUUUUUGUCUUUGAUCCACAGAUUGAACCGGCAACUCUGACUCUUAUGAACUCGGCAAGCACUCACAACGUUGUGGUUAGAUCGCAACGAACCCGGUGAAUCGAGUUUCAUUCCCGCUGAUGGCCAAGAUCAGUCGCAAAUAUCUUCACCGGUCUCGAUUCUGGCCCUCCCCAAGGUACCAAACAGAAAUAGUACCCAACAGCACUGGGGAGACAAAGGCCGCAGGGCAAGCGUGGUGUUAAGACUUCUUAGGUGUUCGCAAACAGCCUUGCCCCAACAGGUUCUGUAGACUAUACGGAGAUCUUUGUCUCUGAAGCGCUUCUGAUAAUUGGGAGCGCUUUGAAAUUCAUUACCUCUUCCUGUCGAGGCAGCCUCGGGGUUAAUCUUAUUUAAACAUAAAGGACGACACGCACCGUAAGCGCAUGUGCUGAGCGUUAAUUAUACAUACGUAAUUGCCUACUUUUAUUUCACGGGUGGGAGACCUGUUGAAUUCUCCAAUCCUGUGACGUGCGUAAAAUUUUGACAGCAUGUUUGAAGCCACUUUGUGCCUCAGCGCUGUAGAAUUCGUAACGCGCAGUUUUAUUUCGUACGGAUGCUCAAGAAAGCAGACGAGUGGGAAGAGCAGCCAGAAACAGCGCCAGCAAAUGUCCAGCUCUGUGGUCCUAUAUUCAGACAUUUGGCCAAUUCCAUUAAUGUGUACUUAUGCAUACCUUGUUAAUUCGUUUAGUCCUGACGGCGCGUUCGAGCGCUGUAAACCCAUUGUUAAACACAAGUCAAAUAGUAAAUAUUACUCUGUAGUAUAGAUGCGCACAUUUUGACCGUUAGCGAGACUGCCUUCUCAGUUAGCCCAUCAUUCCGGGGAUCACGUUACGGACCCAACUUUGGGAUUCCCUCCCAUUGUCUCUUUUCCCAAGCACAUAAACAGCCCUGCUAUAUUCUAGACACGUGUCACACACUCUUAACUACCAUACUUUGAUAGUGCUGUUUGUUGCUGGCCGCUUGAUCACGUUGGUAGGAUGAAUUGGUGUCGCUGGCGCAACGAGGCACUGGCGUUCAUCGUCGCCCCACGGAGUAAACGCCGUGCCAUUGUUUGACAUCGCCAGGGAUGAUUCUCGCGUCGGAUUUUUACUGCGCGAAACAAAACAUGAAUUACAAUGGCACAGAAUUUGCAAGCACUCUCAGCGUGACAGCAUCCAGAUAAUGAACUAGCUGUCUAACAAUCUAGCCGUCUAGUUAACGAGCUCGCUGUUUAACUAGCGUCACACAAUAUUGGCGAAAGCCACGGCCGCUCUUCGCCUGUAGCUCACAGACGCACAGAUCAAUCAAUACAUUCAAUUACAAAAAAACGCAAUUCAUACAACGUACGAAUGCGUAUGUCCAUAAAUAUUAAUUCAGAAUGAAAAUCUAAUCGGCGUUCCAGAGAAUCCAUUGAGCUCAGGUGAAAUGAACCAAGGAGGAGUGUAACAGCCACAGCGCUUUUGCAACAGCAGUGGCAGUGACAGGAGCAGCGGCAGCAGCAGCAGCGGCAACAGCAGUGGCAGUUAGCAGGAAUUCACUGCCCUCACUGUGAACACGUCCACCGUAAGAACUGGGAGCUUGGAAUUGUGUGGAGACAUAUUACUAUUGAUUUAAACAAAUUCUCAAUUUACUUCCAUAACCUUUAUUUGAACAUUGACAACACAAGAAAGCCUGGAGAUUCAAUACAAGGAUUAUUUUGUCGUUUUACCCGUGGGUGAUUUUUCUCGUCUGGCGUUUGGGCUGUAACAACGGCGCACGGCAGCCGGCUCCUGAAACUGGCACCACCGCCUCUCUCGCACCUUAUGGGGCGCGGCAGUCGGUGACGAGAGUAGAACGUGUGAAUUAGCACGGGGAAAGCAGCCGUCACACUGAGUGGCUCUACACCAUCUCUCCACACCUCGUCACAAACAGUAUUCAGUUACAGACACGCAUACUACAUACACACGCACGUCCCCUCGGGGAUUCGUUUUGGCCAGGUAUGUUUUGGUUGGCAACCCAGAUAAUAUUUGUGCACCCGGCACACCACAUCGAGUAUAUCUAUUGUUAUGGCUGUGGUUACUGCUACUUGUCGCAUGCCAACUACUCUGGACACCUUAUAAACGAGAUGAUUCCAACUGAAGGAAUUUCCAGGUGAACAAUUUUUUAUGAAGUCAAGUACUCGAGUCUCACAGGGACCCGGAAAAUAGUGAGUGAGGGAUUUGGCCCUGGCUCUGUCUGUGUGUGUCCACCAUUGGCUAGCAGUCUCUGAAUGUCUUGUCUCAUUGUGAGCAAAGUAGUCCUCUAAGAUUAUUUAACAAAUCUCAGAUUCUAGCCACGUGUAUUGUGUGUCUUGAAAUUACGAUGGUUUUUGACUUUCAGCACACAUUUGCUUAACAGAGUUAACAUUAUGGGGCAGCGGUGUUGAUGUGAGAGUCCAACAGCAACACCGAGGGUGUCGAAAUGUCUCUGUCUCUGCACAAUGAGCAAGCGAGAGUCCCUUACGCUUUGUUUCUCGCAUUGCGUUUCUCUUGGCGAGGACAUUCCCACACAAUUAGCACCUUUCCAGACAGUGAACACACACCGCACUCUAAUUAACAAGAGCAAUUAACGAAAACCUUUCAUGACCGGCGCGUACAGCCUGUGUAAAGCACAGAAUCGUCUCUUGUGCUCAACAUAAUCAUGGCUAACGCCAGCGGAGCCCUCACGAUCGCUGGUUCUCCAAAUCACACCAACUCACUCUUUCUGCUGACACCACCACUAACAUCAUCAUCGUCAUCGCCGACACCACUGACACCCUCAUCGUCCCGCGGUGGCAGCUCCGGUGCCCGCGUGCCACUGUCGGCAGUCCUAACCCCGGCAUCGAUGUUUGCACUCGGCGUCCUGGGCAACGCCGUAGCCAUCGCGGCCCUGGCCCAGACACCGCGGGGCCGCAAGGACGGCGCCUUCUACGCAUUGGUGUGCGGUCUGGCGAUCACCGACCUUCUCGGCACGUGCCUGAGCUCGCCGGUGGUGAUCGCCGGCUACGUGCGGGGUGGCUGGCCCGGCGGCGACGCGCUCUGUGGCUUCUUCGCCUUCACGCUGCUGUUUUUCGGUGCGGCCGGCAUUAGCAUCCUGUGCGCCAUGUCGGUGGAGCGCUACCUCGCCAUCAACCACCCGUACGUGUACAACCGCUACGUGGAUGCCCGGCGUGCCCGCGCGGCGCUCGCGGCGCUGUACGUGAUUAAUGGCUGCCUCUGCGCAUUGCCCUGCGCUGGCGUGGGCCGCAGCGUGGCCCAGUUCCCCGGCACCUGGUGCUUCUUGGACUGGCGCAGCGAGGAGCCGACGCACGCCGCCUACAACUUCGCGUACGGUGGCUACAGCGCGGCGCUCAUCGCGAUCACCGUCUUCUGCAACAUUGCCGUGUGCCGCGCGCUGCUGCGCAUGAAGCGUCGCACUUUCUGGCGCUCGUCGGUGGCGUCUGUGUCGGUGGUGGUGCCACCGCCACCGUCCUCCUGUUCUUCGGCACUGCACUAGAACGUCACGCGUCUCCGCCGGUCCCUCCUCGUCCCCCUCUGUCGCCACUGCGUUCGCUCGAACGGUUCUGUCGUCCGUUAGGGGCGGUAGCGGUGACGACGGUGGCGGCAGCAGCGGCGGUGGCGCUGGCUCGCCCUUGGUUUGUCCGGAGUUGGAGCGUGGCGGUUCAUGUGCUCCAAGCAGCGCUUGUGAAGUCGGCGAAGCAUCUUCGUGCCACAGAUGUUGUCGUUCGUCGA